GCCAUUUUUGUUGGAAAAGGGCGAUUUUCCCGACUCUCGAAUGAAUUUUCAAUAACUUUCCACACAUCACCAUCCAGUUACAAGUGUUAAGUUUCCCGUAUAGCUGGUAAGAAGUUCGCCCUUUAAGAUGGCAGGAAACUUCUGGCAAAGCUCGCAUCACCAGCAGUGGAUACUGGACAAGCAGGAUCUGAUACGGGAGCGUCAGCAUGAUCUGAAAACGCUCUCCGAGGAGGAGUAUCAGAAGAUCUUUAUGUUCUUUGCCAACAUCAUACAGGUGCUGGGUGAGCAGCUGAAACUGCGCCAGCAGGUCAUCGCGACGGCGACAGUGUACUUUAAGCGCUUCUACGCCCGCAACUCGCUGAAGUGCAUCGAUCCGCUGCUGCUAGCACCAACCUGCAUACUGCUGUCCUCGAAAGUGGAAGAGUUUGGAGUGAUUUCCAAUUCACGGCUCAUCACCACGUGCCAGACGGUGAUCAAAAAUAAGUUCGGCUAUGCCUACCAGCAGGAAUUCCCCUAUCGCACCAACCACAUACUGGAGUGUGAAUUUUACCUGCUCGAAAAUCUCGACUGUUGUUUGAUUGUGUACCAACCGUACCGCCCGCUGCUACAGCUCAUGCAGGACAUCGGCCAGGAGGAACAAUUGCUUACCCUUACAUGGCGGCUAAUCAAUGAUUCCCUUAGGACGGAUGUGAGCCUUCUGUAUCCACCGUAUCAGAUCGCUAUCGGUUGUCUGCAGAUAGCGUGUGUAAUUUUGCAGAAGGAGCUGAAGUCCUGGUUUGCCGAGCUGAACGUCGAUAUGGACAAAGUGCAAGAGAUUGCACGUGCUAUAGUGAACCUGUUCGAGCUUUGGAAAGGCUAUGAUGAGAAAAAAGAAAUUCAGGCACUGUUGGAAAAGAUGCCGAAACCGAAACCACACCCUCAACGGUGAUUUGCCGACCAGUGCUCAACGAUCUGGCAAGGGCUGGCAUUCAUCCGCAUGCCAUGUUACUUGCGGAUGCUGGUUUAAUCGUUCCCAUUCUAUAUGCAUCUCGGUCCCCUCGAUAGCCAACAACAGAACUGAUUCCGUACAUGUAACCGGUAGCUUGUAAUGAACCUUGUGAUUCCGAGACUACGAGGGCGCCACCACAGCGCAUGUAUCACCAUAUACUCUUGAAUGAAUAAUAAUUUAUUCCCCUUA